AUGGAGGAGGUCAGUGAUGGAGGAGGUCAGAGAUGGAGGAGGUCAGAGAUGGAGGAGGUCAGUGAUGGAGGAGGAGGUCAGAGAUGGAGGAGGUCAGAGAUGGAGGAGGAGGUCAGAGAUGGAGGAGGUCAGAGAUGGAGGAGGUCAGUGAUGGAGGAGGUCAGUGAUGGAGGAGAGAUGGAGGAGGUCAGAGAUGGAGGAGGAGGUCAGAGAUGGAGGAGGUCAGAGAUGGAGGAGGUCAGUGAUGGAGGAGGAGGUCAGAGAUGGAGGAGGAGGUCAGAGAUGGAGGAGGUCAGUGAUGGAGGAGGUCAGAGAUGGAGGAGGUCAGUGAUGGAGGAGGUCAGUGAUGGAGGAGGUCAGAGAUGGAGGAGGUCAGUGAUGGAGGAGGUCAGUGAUGGAGGAGGUCAGUGA